AUGAAUGGAUUGAAAUCAUCAGUGUUUUUCUUGAUUGCUAACUUGAUCUGUUUUGCGGAUCCUAAGGUCGCGAGAUCUUACGAAGCUACUCCGAAAAACGAUGCACCCGAAGUGGUAAAAUUUUCUCACGACGCCUGGGAAAUCUUCAGAAACAGAAGUAACAACAUUACUGCUAGCUUAAAAUUGGCGACAGUCCUAAAAGUACGAGUUCUAGUUGUUGGAGAAGAAAGACGAUACACUAUGCUUGUCAUUUACAGAAUUAACGAAUCGAUAUCCAGGUACUACUGCAUCGUAUUUGUGAGAACGAAGAAUAACGAGCCGAUUUUCGUACAAUGUUACAAAGCGCCUAUUGAUUUUGAAAACCCGAAUAAGUACGACGAGGGAAUGAUGGAAAUGUACAAUUACUUCUAUUGGAACAUGUAA